AGUAGUGAAUAGAUGUUCCUAGCAACCAUCCUCAAUUUAAUAAUAAAUAAUCUUUAAUACUUAAUUCAUUUAUUAUUCUUUGGUUCAUGUUCAGUAGUUAACCGUCCUGUUGUACGAUGUGAGUUGUUAUAAAAUGAACGGUCUCAACUAUUUGUUUAAUUUGUGAUGUGGUUUAUUAUAAGAAACUUUCAACUUUUGGAGGUAACUAAUUCCCUGGCAGCAUAGAUCCUGUCACAACUGCAAACAUCUUCAACUCCAAGUUAAUAUGAUUGCAGCUUCCUAACAUUCGAAUUUACGAGACGUUUCGUAUCCUGUAAAUUAAUAUGAACACCUCAUUACUUGAAGAUGAAAUAUUCAGGACCAAUCUCACUAUAGAUCAGUGCAAAGCAAAGUAUGCUACUGAAACUCAGAAUUUAUCGGAAACUCAGCCCCAACGAUUUUGUAAAGUCAUAUCGGAUAGUGUUUUGUGUUGGCCACCUACUCCUUAUAACAGCACUGCUACAAUUAGAUGUUUUUCUGAGUUAUUCAAUAUCAAGUAUGAUGACACACAAAACGCAACAAGAGAAUGUCUUUGGAACGGUACGUGGUCUAAAUCCAAUUAUUCAGCUUGCAGAGAAAUCAUUGCGUUACCUGCAGAUGUUGAGACACAGACAACAAUCUACUUUAUUGGAUAUACGUUAAGUCUGGUAACUCUAGCUAUAGCGAUGACUAUAUUCACAUAUUUCAAGGAACUACGCUGUUUACGUAACACAAUACACAUGAAUCUGAUGUUAUCGUACAUACUCACGUACUGCAUGUGGAUUGUUACUCUAAUAUCGUUGAAUUUUGGAGGUAGCAUUCUAUGUAUAUUCAUCGUAACAUUACUUCACUAUUUCCACAUCACAACUUUCUUCUGGAUGUUUGUUGAAGGUCUCUACCUUUAUAUUCUGGUCGUGGAAACGCUCACUAGGGAGAAUUUCAAAUUGAGAGUAUACGCCUUUAUAGGAUGGGGAAUGCCGAUGAUUUUUGUACUGAUAUGGGCUUCGGUCAAAUCUGUUAUUCCUGCUAAUGAUGACCUCGCGAAUACUUGUCGUUGGUUUGAAAGCCACACUAUCGACUGGAUAUUUCAGGCACCGACAUUAGUUGUCCUGCUAUUGAAUCUGGUUUUCCUACUCUGCAUCAUGUGGGUCUUAAUCACAAAACUCCGUUCUGCCAAUACAGUAGAAACGCAGCAAUAUCACAAAGCAGCAAAAGCUCUUCUAGUCCUCAUGCCUCUGUUGGGUAUAACAUAUGUAAUCACUAUUUAUGCACCGACUCCAGAUAAGACUUCUAUCAACGUAUUCGAAUGCACUAGAGCAGUUCUUUUAUCAACGCAGGGAUUCACUGUUGCUUUAUUCUACUGUUUUCUGAACACUGAAGUUCAAAAUACUCUUCGACAUCAUUUCGAAAAUUGGAAAACAAGAAGAUCAUUGGGACCAAGAAGUCUUCGAUCUGGGAGUAGGAGUAAAGACUGGUCACCAAGAUCAAGAACUGAAAGUAUUAGGUUAUAUAGUCAGCCAACGAAUAUAUAUCACAAAAGAGAAUCUUGCACUUCGGAACUUACAACUACGACUGUAGUAACUGUCAACGGGGGAGGAACAAGGCCGACAAACGGAACCCCUAAAACAAGAAGCCCGUUUUUGUAUCCACCCAGGCCUAGUUACGGAGGAAGUGUGUGAACUUUAAGAAGAAAUACUAUGUAAUUUCUUUUCCGUUCAAAAAUAUGCAACAGGUGGACCAGUUAAUAAAAAAAUAUGGUUUAUUUUGAAAAAUAUUCAAAUUAAAUGUUGAAAUAUAAUUUUAUAAAUCUAUAUUUAAAUGAGAUUUCGGUUGUAAGACAUACUUAAAUGAAAAGAAAAAUAAUGGAAAUUUGAAACGAAAGAAUAAAAUUUCUUCUGUUUUCUUGAUGUAAUUAACAGAAUUUAGUACGAACGUAAUGAGAGAAUAUAUUUAUGUAGCCACCGAGUUUGCUAAUUAAAUUUUUUUAUACUCCUCAAAUGAUUAAAGUUAUAAUUUGAAAUUACACAUUAUUACGAACUACCCUUUCUAUGAUACUGUACUGUGUGGUAAUAAACUAACUUGCCAUUAACU